AUGGACCCGCUAGUUCAGCAUCCAGAGCUGCGACCAAUCAAAGCACACAUUCCGCUUAGACUCAAAAAAGUCUCUAUUGAGGGAGCCAAAAUUCUGAUUAACAAGGACCAGCUGAUUGUGGAGAUCAAAGAUGAGAACAUUGAGGUUCAGGCGCUAGGGAAAAUUGUUUCAACGUUUGCAUUCUCUGAGGAAACGUUCCAAGCGUUGGCGUCGGUUUUGAUCUCAUCGGGGCAGAAAGUGACGGAGUUCGUUGCUUGGCUCUGGAAGUCCGCAAAGCGUGAGCAAGGAGUCGUCACCUUCGAAAUCUACUCCAAAACCUUCAAGGAAUACAAGAGCAACAUAAGAACCUGGGCGCUAACGAGCUACUACAAACUACAGUUCGGGUUUCCACCACGCAAGGUGCUCUGUGUGGAUUUUCACUCUAAAAAGCAAAUCGCCUUCACAGAGCAUGUGGGCUCCAGUGGAAAUGUUCGAGUCUCGAUGUGCAUUGAAGAGAAGACACGUGUGGAUGCGCUUUUUGAGAUGUUCGGAAGAUUGCAAGGACUCGUGGCAAGAUGGAGACGUUCAGGUCGUCCGAGGGAGAGGGAGAGCAAGUAG